AUGACGGGGUCAUCCGGAUCCGAGCUCGACAGCAUUCUCGAUUUUCUACAAAUAGAAGUGGAGAGCAGAGAGAAAGCUGGUAACAGCAAUGCUAGCAAAAAUGAUUCUGGUCGAGAUCAACAAGCGAAGGGAAACCGACUCAAGAAACCCCGACCAGCAUCCGCAGUUUUGCAUGCAUCGGCGAAGGUGGCACGGUGCAACUUCUGCGAUUCCGAGCAGCACACGAUGGAGAACUGCACCGCCCCCAUAGAUUUGGAUCGAAAAAAGAGGAUACUCUCCGCAGAAAGUCGCUGUUUUAGGUGUACAGUGAAAGGACACCGCGCCAAAGAUUGCAGGAGGAGGGUUGUAUGCUCGUCGUGCAAAGGCAAACACGUGACUUCACUCUGCGACCCCAACUGGAACUCCGUCUCGGGGACGAAGGUUAAAACGGUCGAAACAACAAGCAUGUACGCCGCAAGCACAGGAGGAGCAAACGAUGGCGACGUCGUGCUAUUACAGACAUUUCGAGCGUGGAUUCUCGCCGGAAAACAGUCGGCCUAUGUUAGAGGGAUCUUUGAUGGCGGCAGCCAGAAGACUUUCGUCCGUCAAGAUGUAUCCAGGCGGUUGAACCUGGAGAAGCUAGGCGACAUAGUGGUGAGGCUGAACACCUUUGGCGACGCUACGGCGGGAGGAGUCGUUCACCGACAGAAACUGGUGCAAGUAAAGCUCCGCAGCCAGUAUGAUCAGAAGGAGCACCUGCUGGAGGCCGUGGAGAUACCGUUCAUCUCCAAGGACAUUGUGUCACUAUGCCCAGACGACGCUCACGUAGAAGCAGUCAGAGCUGAAGGAGGACACAUUGCCGACGAGAUGUUUUUUCCAGGAGUAGAAGCAGAACCUGGAAUCGGGCUUCUGAUAGGCGCAGAUCAAAUGUGGAAGCUGGUGAAGACAAACGUCCGUCGCUGUGCCGGUAAAACGAACACAGUCGCCGUCGACACACACUUGGGUUGGACGUUCCAAGGACCAGCCGUACUCAAGUCAUCGUUGACUGAGGAGACUAAAGCGCUUACCUGCGUUUUGCACGUUGAAGCCGCAACGGAGGAAAGUACCUUCGAUCUGAGGAAAUUUUGGGAGCUAGAGAGCCUAGGAAUUACCGACAACGCCGAUGACGGUCGCCACGAGGAAAAUACAGUCAUGAAGCAGUUUGAGAGCACAGUCACGCGGGAGGAUGGUCGGUACAAAGUAGGGUUGCCAUGGAAGCACACCAGUAGUCCACUAGAAGACAACAGAGAAGUCGCAGAGCACCGGUUACGUACUUUGGUCAAACGACUGCGGCGAAACUACAGCCACUUAUUAGACUACGAUGGAGCAAUGCGCAAAUACCUGGAGCAAGGACACGCGGAGGUCGUUACUGAUUCGGAGCCAACGUCGUCAGAGCAUGUAUAUUACAUGCCACACCAGGCGGUGAUUCGGGAAAGCUCCACAACCACCAAACUCAGGGUCGUUUUCGACGCUUCCGCUCACGCUCCAAACACAGCUCCAUUAAACGCGUACCUGGAAAAAGGGCCCAAGCUGAACACAGAACUCAUACCGCUAUUACUGCGCUUUCGCACCGAACGUAUCGCGCUCGUGGCUGACAUCGCCCAAGCAUUUCUGCAGGUAGUGGUUGGAGAGGAAGAUCGAGACGCACUGCGUUUCUUGUGGUACAAAGAAACACCGACGGAGGAGGGUCCUUUACCAGCCCCCGAAGUUUGGAGAAUGACUAGAGUACCGUUUGGGGCGACCUCGAGUCCGUUCCUCUUGGCAGCAACCCUUAUACACCACCUGAACGGCGUAGAGGAACGGUUGAAAGCAACAGCUUCCAAGCUCGCCGCAUCCUUCUACGUGGAUGACCUGUUAACAGGGGCUUCCUGCGAGGAGGAUGCCCAACGGAUUUACAAAGAAGCCAACGCGAUCAUGAGAUCGGCGGGAAUGCACCUGAGGAAGUGGGCAUCAAAUUCUAAGCGUCUUAACCAGCUUUUUGAAGAACAAGAAGAGGUUGGUCCCGGAGAUCACGACACAGGCUUACUGGGAUUACGAUGGGAUCGGCAGACAGACAGUCUGAAGCUUGCACAACACAACAGGAGUACCGGUUCGGAAAGCACUACGAAACGAACGAUACUGCAAGUCUCUGCAUCGGUAUUCGACCCACUAGGUUUCGUGUCACCAUUCACGAUAUGCUCAAAGAUUCUAUUCCAACGGAUCUGGCAAGCCGGCGUUGGCUGGGACGAAGACCUACCCGUGGAGAUGGUUGAAGAGUGGACACGAUGGGUCGAGGGCCUACCGUACAUGCAACGCAUCGAGAUACCGCGUUUUGUGAGCCAAGGAAUAUAG